CUUCUUCACUUUUUAAAUAUGACGUGCAUUGAGUAGAGUGACUUUGUCAAUGCUAAGAAAAGAGCGCCUCUGCAGAAGACAACCUCCAUGGAUCACGCGCCCAGUCCACAUCAUCAUUAAUUACACUUGAAUAGUCUUCUUAAGAUGGCUGAUUCAAGCAAAUUGGAUGAACUUGAAAAAAGAGGAAUCAGUCCGAAUGGACCGGCCAAUUUGGGGUAUUUCGAAAACAACCAAAAUGCAGACGACGCUUGCGUUUUGGUUGUCAGCUACGAAUUUAAUGCCACAAUGAAACGCAAAGGCAAUGAAGUGGACCUUGUAAACUUAAGAAAAUCUUUCAAGGACAGAAGGAAAUGCCAAUACAAAGAACUGGAGUCACCAACAGCUGAAUUUUUUCUUGAAAUUCUAAAAAACGAGGAAGUAUUUCUCAAGCUUUUUGAAAUAUCAUCUGUUCCUUCGGCAUUUUUUCUCUUCAUCUUGUCGCAUGGAACAGAAAACAAUGUUAUCGUGACAAAUUUCAAGGACCAGAACGGAGAAUACAAAUGCUUUCUUACCACACAAGUGGUGGAGGCAAUCAAGAAGUCUCCAAACCUGCGAGAACAACUCAAUGUCAUUUUCUUUGGGCCCUGUCGUGGAAAACUUGAUGACGAGGCCCAUAAAAAGAUGAAAAAACCUGAAGAUAUCAAAAAAUUCAAAAACCAAACGUCGAGCAGGGUGACUAACAUGCCUGGAGACGGAAAUUUCGUCAUUGUUUAUUCUACCGUCGAAACAACUUUGUCCAUAAGAGACACAGAAAAAGGCACGUUGUUAGUUAAGGGAAUUACCCAGUUGUUGGACAACCUUGAGAAUGACGAGCUGUUGGAGGUUUUACUCACUAAAUUCCAACAUUUAAUUCAUGGCAUGUUAGAAUGGGUAGGCCAGACACCCGAGAUCAAAUACACUCCGCACAGGAAAUUUGUGAUUCGAGCUGUAAAAAGAGAAAAUGACGGAAUAUUAUGCGAAACCGAUGGAAAAGGAAAUACAAGGAAUGUCUUUGAACCUGAACGAUCCGCUUUCUUCCAAAGGUGCAAAGAGAGCGAAAAGGACGUCCAUGAAAAAUGGGCAAUGAUUUUCGGUGCUAAGUCUGGCCCAUUUGUACAACGCACGGAAAAAGCACUGCAUGAAAAUUUAGGAUUUAGGACCGAAAUUCAUGAAAACACCUCGAAAGAUUUAAACUCAGUUUAUGAAAAAACGCAAGGGGAACAAAGUAAGGUGUUUUGUAUUUUGGCCGUAUUUUUUGCACCCCUUUUCCUGAACAAGGAGAACGAGGUCUGCGUCCGUAUUGGAGAGACUAGUACCAAAAUUGGAGACAUCGUUUACAAAUUCCUAGGACCUGGGAAUGAAAUGUGGAUUGGGAGGCCAAAAUUAUUCUUCUUCGUGAAUGAAACGAUUCAUUCGGACAAUAUUUUAACAGAUCAAAAGUUUGAUAUAACGGCCACAAAUCAUAGCGGAACCUUUAUUUGCAUAUUAAAAAGUAGCGAUUCUGCUGAUGAAUUGAUCCGCCUCUUUAACAAUCCCAAGUUAAGGAACGGAACGUCCAUUCAAGAGUUAGCUCUCGACCUCAUUCGCAAAGAACGCAACAAAAGCGGAGAGAUAAUUUCCCAAAUCGUGUCCACUUUGCCCUUUUUAGUAGAUUUACCCAUGCGACCAAACACCUUUGUUGCGCCUAGAGUGACAGUAAUUUCAAAUAACAUUUCAGCAACAGAUCCAGAGAACGAAAUUCACGAUGAAGUUCGUGCGAGUUCAAGUGAAUCGGGACGUAAUAAAUCCAAGUUAUUGCUAAAACGGCAAGAACUAAACGAGAAACAUUUUACAUUCAAUGAACUGAAACAGGAAAUGAAGCGACAAUUGUUGGGCUCCGGAAAACAAGAUUACUGUGUGUGGCUUUUCUCCUCGCUACCUGGUUCGGGAAAGUCAACAGUUCUCCAUGAAAUUGCGAGUUCACUAAAUAGAGAGCAACCAGACAAAAAGGUCUUCACUGUCCAACUGCAGCAACUAUAUAGUUAUUUUUCCGACGAACCGGAAUUAAAUAUAGUGGAAGUAUUAUCAAAGGCAGAUAAAAUGAACCACGAUUUGCAACAAAUUAAGCAAAUAGUGAAAGAGGGCAGAGCAAUUGUUUUUCUGGACGGUUUCGAUGAAAUCUGCCCAAAUUACCGAAACCAAGUGCUAGAGCUGAUCAAAAUUUUCACUGAUAUUCUGUUGCCACUUGUGAUCGCAACGAGGCCCGAAGAAGAGGACACCAUUUUAAAUUCGUUACAAGGGCUAUCAACGAGGAAGAUUAAAAUAAAACCACUUAAGAGGAAAGAUCAACAAAAACUUCUUAUGAAGUUGGGAAAGUCGGAGGAAGAAUGUGAAGAACUUUUUAAACUGUUUGAGAAGUCCGGAACUUCUGAAAUUCUGGCUAACCCGUUCCAUUUGACACUAGCAUGUGGCACGCAAAUAGUAUCAAUUGGAGGAAUAUUUGGAAUCUACAUGCAGGUGAUUGAAAGAAAAGUAGAAGAAGCGUUAAAAACUGAAAAAGAGAGAACGGAGCCAUCAAAGUGCAAGAAAAAUGAACGCAUGAAAAUUUUAAUGGACUUGGCACUAAGAUUACUUGUUAAUGAUAAUUGCUCAAUUUCUCAUCAGCUGACUGAUGCUGACAUCAAUUUAAUCAACAACAGCGGCGUCGCAUCAAUAUUAGAAAAGAAGACAAUACAUUUCGUUCACCAAACAUUUGCAGAAUUCCUUGUAGCUCUGCGCUUUAUCCAUGAAAUCAAGCGAAAAUCUAAUUCAGAAAUUCCAAUAUUUCAGAACAUUGAUCUGAGGCAAUGUCGGGUUUUCAUCGAUAGUUAUCUUUCUCAGCAACGCGUCCCUUUUAGAGAUAAUUUGAAACAUUUCCUCAAUCGCAGCAAAAAUGUUUCUUUUCAUAGAAUUUUAGCCGAACAACUAAACUACAUUGUUGAUGAGCUAAAACCUUUAUUAAAAUCAUUGCUCGAUUGUAAAGUGAAUGAGCGCGAUGAAAACGGGAAUUCUCUUCUAACUUUGGCAGCAUCAUUUUCAAGCGCAGAAAUGUGUCGAUUCUUGGUGGAAAACGGCGCCGAUUUGAGUGUUGUAGACAAAUUCGGAGACGACUCUUUGCAUUUAGCCUGCUUCAGUGGGAAAUUGGACACAAUCAAGUAUUUGUUGGGAUUAAAUGGCUUCAGCGUAGAAAAAAAAGGCUGGAAAGGAAGAACAGCUCUUCAUUGGGCUGCUGCUAAAGGUCACAUUGCAGUGGCUGAAUUUCUCCUUUCUCAGGGAGCAGACGUCAACACUCGUGAUGAUGAUAAUGAGUCGCCUUUAACUUUGGCAGCCUCAUUUUCAAGCGCAGAAAUGUGUCGAUUCUUGGUGGAAAACGGCGCCGAUUUGAGUGUUGUAGACAAAUUCGGAGACGACUCUUUGCAUUUAGCCUGCUUCAGUGGGAAAUUGGACACAAUCAAGUAUUUGUUGGGAUUAAAUGGCUUCAGCGUAGAAAAAAAAGGCUGGAAAGGAAGAACAGCUCUUCAUUGGGCUGCUGCAAAAGGUCACAUUGCAGUGGCUGAAUUUCUCCUUUCUCAGGGAGCAGACGUCAACACUCGUGAUGAUGAUAAUGAGUCGCCUUUAACUUUGGCAGCCUCAUUUUCAAGCGCAGAAAUGUGUCAGUUUUUAGUGGAAAACGGCGCAGAUUUGAGUGCUGUAAACGAAGACGGAAAUGACUCUUUGCAUUUGGCUUGCCUCAAUGGGAAAUUGGACAAUGUCAAGUAUUUGUUGGGACUUAAUGGCUUCAGUGUAGAAAAAAAAAACUGGAAAGGAAGAACGGCUCUUCACCUUGCUGCUGCAAAAGGUCACAUUGCAGUGGCCGAAUUUCUUCUUUCUCAAGGUGCAGAGGUCAACGCUCGUGAUGAUGAUAAUGAGACGCCUUUAACUUUGGCAGCCUCAUUUUCAGGCGCAGAAAUGUGUCAAAUCUUGGUGGAAAAUGGUGCAGAUUUGAGUGCUGUAGACGGUCGCGACUCUUUGAAAUUGGCCUGCUUCCUUGGGAAAAUGGACAAAAUCAAGUAUUUUUUGGAAUUAAAUGGCUUCAGUGUAGAAAAAAAAGGCUGGAAAGGAAGAACGGCUCUUCACCGUGCUGCUGAAAACGGUCAGAUUGCUGUGGCUGAAUUUCUCCUUUCUCAAGGAGCAGACGUCAACUCUCGUGAUGAUGCUAAUGAUUCGCCUUUAACUUUGGCAGCCUCAUUUUCAAGCGCAGAAAUGUGUCGAUUCUUGGUGGAAAACGGCGCAUAUUUUGGUGGUGUAGACAAAGACGGAAAUGACUCUUUGCAUUUGGCCUGCCUAAACGGGAAAUUGGACAAUAUCAAGUAUUUUUUGGGACUGAAUGGCUUCACCGUAGAAACGAAAGAUCGAUGGGGAAGAACGGCCCUUCACCUUGCUGCUGCAAAAGGUCACAUUGCAGUGGCCGAAUUUCUUCUUUCUCAAGGUGCAGAGGUCAACGCUCGUGAUGAUGAUAAUGAGACGCCUUUAACUUUGGCAGCCUCAUUUUCAGGCGCAGAAAUGUGUCAAUUCUUGGUGGAAAACGGCGCAGAUUUGAGUGGUGUAGACGAAGACGGAAAUGACUCUUUGCAUUUGGCCUGCCUCAAUGGGAAAUUGGACAAUGUCAAGUAUUUGUUGGGACUUAAUGGCUUCAGUGUAGAAAAAAAAAACUGGAAAGGAAGAACGGCUCUUCACCUUGCUGCUGCAAAAGGUCACAUUGCAGUGGCCGAAUUUCUUCUUUCUCAAGGAGCAGACGUCAACUCUCGUGAUGAUGCUAUUGAGUCGCCUUCAACUUUGGCAGCCUCAUUUUCAGGACUAGAAAUGUGUCAACUCUUGGUGGAAAACGGCACAGAUUUGAGUGCUGUAGACGAAGACGGAAAUGACUCUUUGCAUUUGGCCUGCUUCAGUGGGAAAUUGGACACAAUCAAGUAUUUGUUGGGAUUAAAUGGCUUCAGCGUAGAAAAUAAAGGCAGGAAUGGUAGAACGGCUCUUCACAUUGCUGCUGCUAAAGGUCACAUUGCAGUGGCUGAAUUUCUCCUUUCUCAAGGAGCAGACGUCAAUUCUCGUGAUGAUGCUAAUGAUUCGCCUUUAACUUUGGCAGCCUCAUUUUCAAGCGCAGAAAUGUGUCGAUUCUUGGUGGAAAACGGCGCUGAUUUGAGUGUUGUAGACAAAGACGGAAAUGACUCUUUGCAUUUGGCCUGCUUCAGUGGGAAAUUGGACAAUGUCAAGUAUUUGUUGGGAUUAAAUGGCUUCAGCGUAGAAAAAAAAGGCUGGAAAGGAAGAACAGCUUUUCACCUUGCUGCUGCCAAAGGUCACAUAGCAGAGGCUGAAUUUCUCCUUUCUCAAGGAGCAGACGUCAACACUCGUGAUGAUGCUAAUGAGUCGCCUUUAACUUUGGCAGCCUCAUUUUCAAGCGCAGAAAUGUGUCAAUUUUUAGUGGAAAACGGCGCAGAUUUGAGUGCUGUAAACGAAGACGGAAAUGACUCUUUGCAUUUGGCCUGCUACAGUGGGAGAUUGGAUAAUGCUAAAUUUUGUUUGGAUUAAAUAGCUUCAGCGUAGAAAAUAAAGGCUGGAAAGGAAGAACGCGACCAAUGCUAAAUAUAGUCAAAUCUAAUGAAUCCUGAGCUCAAAACCUGUAAUCCCUGAUAAAAAAAAAAAAUGAAAUCAACUUUUUUGCUUGCACGCUGAACACUCUGCUUAUUGAAAAGUUACAAAUACACAAAGUCGACAGGGACGUACGCAAUUUGAGGCGCCAUCAAAUCUGCUGCGCUCCAUUGACAUCAGUCGCAGAAUGUGAUUUCGCCAGGUAAUAAAGUUCUUGCCACCAUCGACUUCUUGAUAUCACACAAACGUAAUAAAACGGCUUUCCAAACUCAUUCCGCAUUCAUUCCGCCGGGGCGAGGCAAAAACAUUUUUCACUUUCUGUAGCAGCUUCUCCGGACGAAGACUUACUUCGUUUGACAUUUUUCUCUGCCGUGCAAACAAGAAAAAUGGGUCUGAGCGAAAAAAUAUUAGACCGGCGUGCCAAAAGUGUUGGAAAUUGCUGGGCCGGGAUAAUAUUCCGGAGAGCCAAGUUAAUUUGAAUAAAUAAUUAUGCGGCUCUCGCAGAAAGAAAUUGCAGAAACUUGUGCGCUAAUGUGCUCAUCUCGGGAGCUACUUUUGCGAAAAGUGGAGAACUUGCGCCAAUAUGAAACAAGAGAACUGAACUUUUUUAUAGGUGUAGCAAUCUUGGGGCCCGCGAAAAGGAACAAAAUAUAUAAGAGGCGAGAGCAAGUUCUCUCCUUAAUUAGCCCAAAGUGUUUGAAAAUAUCUCGCAUCUGCCGACCUGAAGAGUUCUUUCGCAAAUGAACAAGAUAAAACUACUUCAUUUUGGGCGUUUAUAAAGAAAAGGAGCUUGUUUGAAAUUAGGAUUGACUAAAUAAAACACAACGUCAAAGGAGCCUCUCAUAUAUUAUUGCAUGGGCAAGUGAGACGAGUUUAGGCCGCCCUGCUUAUAUGGUACAUUAUUGUGUGUCCUGCGCCCCGCGAUAUUGCGUCUUUGCCCGUCUCCCAUGGCUCAUUUUCUUCGCCGUCUUUUGAAAAGGCGAGUUUUCAGAGAUGCUGAGAAAGCCUCCAGCUUUUAUGAGCUGCCGGGCGUGCUCAGAUACAAACACACAUAUUGUUGCUCCGUUUCCACUGGCCCGGUCUUUUCAAAAGCAACCUCCACUCUCGAUGAAUAUUCAAAAGGAGACUGCAAUCGAUGACGAUAUUGAAAAAUUGAGAAGAUAUUAAAAAAUGAAUUACUUGUUACAAAAAUUAUAUCAUUGUUAAAUAUAAUAAAAUAAAUUAAAAUCAGUGAUAUUGCUGAAUUCGAAAAUUUAAAUUAUUUUCAAAGGAAAAAAGCUUAUUAUUAUCAAAAUAGAUGAUUUAAGGUGAUUAAUGUAGCGUCAAAUUUUGUUAUUUAGGCUUCUUUACGUGAUAUUCCAUUUAAAAAUGAUGAUUUUUCAGAAAGUGAGGUUUAAGGUGAUAUUUUUGUUGUUGAAAAUGAUUGAUCAAAGAUUGAAAGCUCUAAAUGGCCAAAGUCAGAUGCUGAUUUUACUCAAAUUGUAGAAAUAAAAGUUAUUUUAGAAUCUACAAAACAUGGAAAAAAUAUUCCUAAUUUUUAUUUGUGAAUUACAUAUGCUGUGAGCGCAAUUCUGUGUUGAAGCCCAUUCGGCUGGUAAUAUUCACGCUGUUUCUCGGCGCACAAGCUGCGUCACACCAUUAAUCCUCUAAAAUGCAAAUUACACAAGCACAGCAGUAGGUCUUGCGUCGAGGGUGUUGCAUACUUUACGAGUGGGGCUCGCAUUAAAAUGAUAAUAUUUGUUUCUUUAAUUAGUGCUCGGCGGCGCCGUCUCGUGCUGUUGCAACGUCACACAUCGCGCUCUCAACCGAAAUAAACCCAUUCGCUGAUGCUCGGUUGAGCAUUAAUGCAUGGCAGGUGCAGCAAAGGGGACGCCAGAAUCACAUCCUUCAGAUUAGAGUUUUGAAAAGCAGGCUCAGAUGUAAACAUCAGCUUUGCAUUUUAACGUCUAGACGACUUCCACUUCACUUUCCGAAACGCUAAGUUUGAAGGUUUUGACAAAUGAAAAUUGCACUAAAAAGCUUUCGUGCUUGGAAAAUGCUCAGAGAACCAUUAAUGUGGUCACAAUUAUUAAGUUUGUGAAAUAAUUUUUGCAUUCUUGCUCAAAAUUGUUCCUUCAAAAAUAGAAAAUUUUGCUGCCUGCCAAAUUGGUAAUGAUAAAAUAAAAAAAAAAUUACUCACAGUACAGCUCGCUGCUGCUCUUCUCCCUUUGUGGAAUUUAUAACGUAUUAAUUUUUAUGCAGCACCGCAUGCAGUGUCUGAAUAAUUCGAGGCGCCGCGCUCUCGUCUUGCUGGAGGGCUUUGCUGACGAGAGAGUGAAAUUCUAAAAUGCACUCUGCUGCGCUGCACUGGGGAAUGGCAUCACUAAGCAUGUUGCUACCUCCAUUGCAAAGAUUAUAAAACAUAAUAUAAUUUAAUGGCCUUCUCCUGUGUCUGACUCUGUGAAAGAGCAAAGCGCUUGCCUAUUUUAUACAAUUUUACAACCGUGCAGAAAAGUAAUUUACUAUAGUUAUUCUCCUUAUAAAGAAAUCUUAUUGAUAAUUGAUAUGCAAGACGUCCGUGUUCUUGAAAUUUUUGAGCCUGCGGACGUUCCUUCAAAUAAUUCAUUUCAUGUGUGAAUAUUUAAUUGAACACGCGUGAAACGCUUGUCUUCCGGGAACAUUUAUUGAAGUAGUAAAUAAAUUAAGUCGCAAACGCGGAUAGCGGUCGUCGAUAAUUUCUACUUAAAAGGAUAUUUCCACAUUGGAGCAGCGGAUUAAAAUUGUUAAUAAUCCGGCUGAUUUUGGUAGAACUGGCAAUAUUUUCCUUAUUUUAACUCAUUUAAUUUUUAUCGAAAGAAUUCAUAAUAUACUUUUGUUCCGAGAAGAAAGUUAUUCAUGAAAAAUUUAAAAUAUUUCAUUUAUUUAUUGAAAAGGAUUCAAUUAAUCAGUUAUCACUCGUACAAAUAAAAUAAUUUUUAAGAUUUAGAAUGGACAUAUUUGCCCAUUUUUUUCAUUAAUUUUUAUAGUGUUUUGGGAGAAAAGAAACAGAUAUAGACAUAAUUUGAAAUAUUAAAUUGAAUUUAUUUGUGAUAAUUUAUCCUUUUUACUUGUUCAAUGCGAUCAUCACAAGGUUAUAAUUAUAAACCAGGACUACAUAAAAUACAAUUAUUCAGCAUAGCAGCAGAGUACUCUAAAACAGAUUUUUGAAGAUCAAAACUAAAUUAGGGAACUGAUGGGCCUUGUAGCCCCCUUUUGAAUCAAGAAUUGACACAUUUCUGCGCUUGAAAAUGAGGCUGCCAAAGUUAAAGGUGACACAUUAGCAUCAUCACGAGAGUUGACGUCUGCUCCUUCAGAAAGGAGAAAUUCAGCCACUGCAAUGUGACCUUUUGCAGCAGCCCAAUGAAGAGCCAUUUGUACAUUUCAAUUCCAAGGAGGCAUUGUAAGAAAAAUUUGUCAAUCGGAAAAUGAAUUUUUGAAAUUUAACAUUUGUUCUGAUGGGAAUUUUCUAAAAUAAUUUUCCUCACUAUUAGCCAGACAAAAAUUGAUGAAAAUCACCAAAUCACGUUCAAAGCAACCCAAUUAAGACGGAAGAUAAUUUGAAUACAUUUUACGUGAAGAAUUUUUAAGAAAAUUCAAAUCAUGCAACACAGAUACGAAUCACUUUUUCUUUCCUUUUCGGGGUGUGUUUUAAACAGCGGUGCUGCUGCGAAGGUUUCCAGUCGAAAUUAAUUAAUCAUGGAGCUUUCACGCACUCUCUUUUAUUCGUAUCCGGCAAUUUAAGUCUGCGCCCCUCAAGCAAGGCGCGCGCGCGCCAGUCCAAUAAAUUCACCUAGCGUUCCAAUGAACAGCGCGCGAGCGAGCGGCGUUUCCUGCGGUUAUAAAUCAAGGGAUUAUGCAUACACAGUGCCUAAUAAAUCUUGCAAUACAAGGCGCACGCGGCGGCACUUCUCUGCAAUUUGCGUGCCCGAACAAGACGUACGCGACGAGCCUAUACUUAGCCGGGCCGACGCAAAAGGGCCCAACUUAAGUCAUUAGCAGCACUUCCGGUUGCAAAUUAGUUUCAACAAAACUUGCUCGAGCUUAUCACCGAAGCUUCCAACACCGCAGUUGCAAAAAUUUAAUUUCAAACUCUGCGUUUUUCUCCUGCGGCUUGGAAAGAAAAAUCGAUUUAAUUAGAGAAAUCGCUCCGGGCGAAUCAACUUAAUUGAAUAAAUUCCGAAUGGUUGAAGCAUUUAAUUGACCUUUGUAACUCAAUUAGGAAAUUGUGUAAAUCAAAGACUAAUGAAGUUGCACAAACAGCAUUUCGGCGAGGUUAAUCAAUUAUCCGGCGUCCCCUCCUCUCUCGGUGCAAUUGUCUUUUGAGCCAAGUUAAAACCGAGCCUGCUUUUCGCCACCUCGCCCACGAGAAUUACACGGAGCGAGGCCCUUCUUCUUUGACAAACGAUCGCAAUUAAGCCCCCGAUAAUAAAUCCACCGCACCGGUGCGCGCGCGCUUGUCCAAAUUUUUAAAAUAUGGCCCUCGAGUUUCUCAUUAUGGCGACGCCGCCGCAGCCACUAUCAUCGUUAUUGCUGCUUGUAAAUGUAAUUACGGCGAAUGUGCCUUGUCUCUCUCUCUCUCUCUGCGUACGUUGGAUUAAAUUCGUUCCAAAAGCGCCACUUGACGUUUCAAGUUAAUGCGAGAACGCGCGCCGCGCCUCUUUCGCUCCAUCUCUUCCUUAACCACAUCAUAAUUGCUUUUGAAAUUCUCUUAUCAAAUAUAUUUGUAAAUUGUUUUCGCCACUAAAAGAAAUCCAUGCUUUUAAAUAAUUAAUAUUUGGCUCGCAAACAUAUCAUCAAAAUCUAAAGUGUGAAAGAGUUAAUAAAAUGAAUGCUGUUUCCAGUUUUGUUAAAAAAUUAUAUUUUGUAUGGAAAUUCAAAUUUAAUUCGGGCUAACUGUUUAAUUUGCAAAUUAUUCAAUUUAUUUUUGAUGUUAAUCCUUAUUUAUAUAAUAUUGAAAGUUUGAAUAAAAAUUGAAAUUAAAUGUCACAGUUGUAUUUCUCCCAGGGUUUCUGAGCAUGAGCUGCUCGCGAGCAAGAUUGAGCAAAAUUUUGCUCGCGAGCACCAUUGAGCACUCCUUUAGUGAGCAUGCUCGCGAGCAGAUGCUUGCGAGCACCCCAAAAGGGAGCAUGCUCGCGAGCAGAUAUAGGGGAGCACUCCUGAGGUGAGCAGGAGCAGGAGCAGAAAUUAGGGAGCACUUUUUAGAAGUGAGCAGGAGCAGGAGCAAAAUUAACUAAAAAUGCUCGAGAUGCUCCUUCUGCUCACAUUUGCUUUAAAAAUUUUACUACAAUAACAGAAUUUCAUACUAAAUCAAUACUGUAUACUGUGAGAUCAACAAAAACCAGUGGAGGACGCUUUAGAAUCGCAAUGCAUUAAUCCCUAUGCUCUGACGCUCCGCCUACACCCCUUUCAGCCCUGAGUUCGACCUGCUGCACCUUAUGUGCUCCUGGCAAACCUUCAGUCCUCUUGUGUCUUUUCCGCUGUACAUAAUUUAAAAAGAGCUCAAUCUCCUGCUUCAUAUUUAUGUGCUCCUGGCAACAAUUCGUCUUUUUAAAUAAUAAUGAAAUUAUUUUAUGGUAAUAAUUUUAUUAUUUUAAUUAUAUUAAAUUUUUAUAUGGUCUUAAUUUGGUAUCAAAUUGAUGUAUUUGAAUUUUGCUAAAUUAUUUCGGCGUAAUAAAUAUUCUUUCAGAGUAAAUUAAAAACCUACAUGCCGAAUUUUCAUAUCAAACAUGAGCAUGACACUGCUUGGGAGCAUAUCGCAGGAGCAAAAAUUGCUCGGAGCAGCAUUGAGCACUCCUUUAGUGAGCAUGCUCACGAGCAUCUGCUCGCGAGCACCCCAAGAGGGAGCAUGCUCGCGAGCAGAUGUAGGUGAGCACUCCUGAGGUGAGCAGGAGCAGGAGCAGAAAUUAGGGAGCACUUUAGAAGUGAGCAGGAGCAGGAGCAAAUUAAUUUGAGCACCCGAAAAAUUUUGUGCUCAGAAACCCUGAUUUCUCCACAUUAACGUGUUGAGAUUAUUUCUUAAUUAUUUGUGAAGAGUGCAUAAAAUAUCUAUCUAUACCAACUUUUCCUAUUUGAAAAAUUUAAUUUUGUUUCGAUCUUUUUGUAAUGUGUGAGAUACCGCUUGCUUUCUAUUUUGCUCUCAAUCCUCAGCAAAACUUUGAGAUGUCUCCGUCUCUAAAAAAAACGACCAAAUACGGCUGG